AUGGCUCUGGCCUUUGUGAAUCCAGGAGCACAUCCACUACAAGUGGGCCUUCCAAAGGUGGCAGGGACCUCUCGACCGGCGGCGUCUUCGGGACGAUCGACACUCGGAGGACUUGGAUUGGGAAGCUUCUUGGGCCUUGGCAGCCUUGGCAGCCUUGGCCUUGCUUCUUUGGGUGCCGCUUCUCGGAAGGCAAAGAAACACACGAAGGCGUCGAAGACGUCGAGUUCAGUUGUGGCCUUGGCAGCCGAAGGGGAGGCCGGGGAGGCUGAGGUGGCCUCAGGCGGACAGGACUUCAGCAAGCUGAAGAGCUUGUUGGAGGCACAGGAUUUCAAAGCAGCUGAUGCCGAAACCAGGAGUUUGCUCAUUAAGAUGUGUGGUGCAGAAGCCCAGAAGAGAGGUUGGGUCUACUUUGCAGAAGUGAAGACAAUUCCUGAAGAGGACAUGGACACACUUGAGAAGCUCUGGCAAGAGCACAGCAAUGGACGAUUUGGCUUUGUUCAGCAGAGGAAGAUUUGGAGAAAAAAUCGCGGCCAGUUCGACAAGUUCGCAGAGGAGGUCUCUUGGUUCACAGACACCUGGAAGAAUCGCAAUUGGCCCGAUGAGUUCAUCUACAGCUUGGAGGCUCCAGUGGGUCAUUUGCCGCUGACCAAUUGCAUUCGUGGUGCUCAGGUUCUGGAGGAACUGCUGAGCCACCCAGCCAUUCAGAACCAAAAGGCGAAGAAGCCGAAGCCUGUCAGCAAGGCCAGUGAUGACCAAGGUGGAGCCGGAGGUGACAAGCCACGCCGCUCAGCUCUUUCUAUGUUGGCCUCCGGUAGAACGACAAAGACACCGUCCAGAGCAACUUUGGCGGGUCAUUUUUAA